GCUCCAAUGCUUUUGAAAGUGAUAACGUAAGUCGAACUUAUUAUCCUGAACUAUAAAAUAAUUCAUUUAAUGUAUUUUAAUCCCAAAAGUAUACAUGUUCAUAUAAAACCUUACAAACCUAUGUUUUUUAACUUAAUUUUUUAAAAAAAUUAUAGAAUAUGUUUCGUUUUUCUGAAUCCCAUAUAGAUCAUGGACGGCAAUAAAGUUCUUCAUUUUUUUUUGGAUUGAGACGUGUAGAUAGGAUGCUUAAUUAAGUUCUUGAAGAGAGUUAUAGCUGGUGAUGGUGUUGCUUGCUUUGCUCUCAGCUCUUAUACUUCUCCAUUAUUUUCGAUGUUUGUUCUAACGUCAAACGAGAUGCAUUAUUUCAAGGAACUGGUCCUCCUAGCUGUUCCAUAAGCUUUAUUCUUUUAGUGGUUCGUCCGUUUUUGUUUAUAAAAAAGGGAAAGGAAAACAGAUAAAUAAAAAUAAAUAAAAAGGAAAACAAGUUAAUAAAAAUAAAUAAAAUUAGCAGGCAUUGUAAAAAUUGUAUCUAAAUGGUUGAACUCCCUACUCCAGAAAGAAAGAAAUUGAUCAUAUUCUGGACUAAGUUUGGUCGGCUUCGAUCCUUGUUCCAUGGUGAUAGGACGUAUUAGUAGACCUAUGGUUAGAAUCUCUCGAUAUCCUCCAUCCUCACAAUCAUGAUCAUGUGAUUACGAGGUGUCUACGAGGAGCAGAAAAAGAGAGUUAGCAAUCCAAACAAAUGGAGAUAAGAGGGUAACCAAACAGAUUGUGACAAACAAUCUGAGCUCUAACAAAGAGAUGAGCAACAUCAGCUAGAAUUUUUAUUCCCUACCUGAAAAAGGCAAUAAGGGCUACCAAUUAGAGUCAGAGAUGAAACCCACUUUUUUGUGGGUUUCUUCUCAGUUUUACAAGGUUGAUUGAGUCUCAGGAGUUUAUUGAGUCUUGUGAUUGUGGGGAUAUUACUUGGAUGGAUGCACCUAAGAGUGAGGCCAAGAUUACUUGUGUGGUUGAGAAAGUAUGAGGAGAAUUCUGGUCUUGUCUGAAUGAUAAGUAUGAGGAUUUGGGUAGAAUGUACAGCUUUGUUUCGCAGGGUUACUAAUGGUCUUGCUACUGUCAGAGACGUUAUGACUUCACAUCUAAGGGAAAUGGAGAAGCAAUUGGUUACUAAUGGAGUUUGUUCACCGUUUAUUGGACAAAAUCAUCAACACCGCGUUUGGGAAUGAUAAAACGUUUCAGAACGCGCUGAACUCUUCGUUUGAGUAUUUCAUCAACUUGAAUGCUCCUUCUCCUGAGUUCCUCUCCUUGUUCGUUGAUGACAAGCUACGGAAAAGACUUAAGGGUAUUGCAGAUGUGGAUGUGGAGGUCGUUCUUGAUAUAGUUAUGAUGCUGUUCGGUUACUUACAAGAGAAAGAUGUGUUUGAGAAGUACUACAAGCAGCGUUUGGCUAAAAGGCUUCUCUCUGGCAAAACCGUGUCAGAUGACGCAGAUAGAAGUUUGAUAGUGAAACUGAAGAUGGUGUGUGGCUAUCAGUUCACUUCGAAACUGGAAGGCAUGUUCACUGAUAUGAAGACUUCAAAGGACACAAUGCGAGGGUUUUACGGCAGUCACCGGGAGCUCUUAGAAGGACCAUCACUUAUUGUUGAGGUUCUUACAACCGGUCCAUGGCCCACACAGCCUUCAGCAGCUUGUAACCUCCCAGCUGAAGUUUCGGUUCUCUGUGAGAAGUUUCACUCUUGUUACCUUGGAACCCAUACCGGUAGAUGAUUAACCUGGCAAACUAACAUGGGCACAGCUGAUAUCAAAGCUAUCUUCGGAAAGGGUCAGAGACAUGAACUCAACGUGUCAACUUUCCAGAUGUGUGUCCUCGUGCUUUUCAAUAACUCUGAUCAACUCAGGUAAAAAGAGAUCGAACUAGGUACUGAAAUGCCAGCAUCAAAAUCUCAAACGUUGCUUGCAGUCGACCUCGAUGACAAACCUCUGCUUUGAGUGUGUUGAGGGGGUCUCAAAGGAAAAGAAUAAUGCAAAAGACAUGAAAGGGGAAACCAAGAGUUGCUUGAUGUGUUUGUUACCUGGAAAGAGGAGAGUAGAGAGGAUGGUGGAUAUUCAUCUGAUUAUAUGAGGUAUUUCAAUAUUUUCUAGAAUAACACUCUCUUUGUGAUCAUCACUUGUUACCAUCUGCUGAUUCACUCUAUAUUUGAAUUGGAGCUACUGCAAUCUUCUUGAUACAAAGGACACAAGAAGUUGGAGGAAAGUAAGUGUGAGGCUUGCAAAUCCACAGUUGUUGAUUCUAUGAAGAAGAAUCCAGAGAAAGGUGCUUUGUACAUUCCCUUAUCACUUGCAAUGCCCUGGUGUUUAUUGGUCAUGUGUUCUUUGCUAGGAGCUGAGAAAGUAAUACAGACCAAUCUCACUUUCUCAAAGAAGGCUGAUACAAAAGAGUUGCACGUGGAUUCAUAGCCAUACACAAUCUAGAAGACUCCUAUCCACUUCAAUUUCUUCUUGUUUUCACUUUUCAUCACAUGGAAACAAAAAUGUAAAACAAAAGUUCCAAGUUUUUGGACUGGGAAACAUAUAUAAACUAUUACAAUAAAAGUAAUA